AAAUGCGAAACUCAAUUAUCAUCUGAAUUCUUUUUCGUAUGAGAAAAAUGCCUGAGAUAUUCGAGUUGAUCUAAACAUCUAAACUCAAUUUUUUUAAAAAAAAAAAUACCCAACACUCAGGGCUCUUGAAUUUAAAGGGUACAUACCCGGGAACCUUAGCUUCACUUCUCUUUAAUUGUCUUUUAUCGAUCCACCAGUUGAUGUCCACAAUACGCCGGACGACGACUCGCGCUUUGAUUCCUUCAGAUGUGUCGCUACGAAUGUCUUGGUUCCAUCAUUCUCUUGGUUCAAGAUAUCGGCGAUAAGAUCCGGUCUAAGAAACCUCCACAUGUCUUACAAGGCUCAUCAGCUCCACAAUGCUCCAUGAGAUCUUGCUCUCCCUAUCGGGGCACCCAUCGCCUUUACUCAGGAACGACUAUACCGAUCCCAAGGCUCAGUCCAUCAUCUCGCCGCCCGAGAGAGAACUGUUGAAGACAGCCGGUCAUUUAAGCGAUCUUCAUUGCAAACUUAUAAGUUAUACUGCACAAAUCAGUGCAUCUCACCCUUCUAUAAUAUGUCGUGCAGUAUCAACCGCUAUCAAUUCCAUUUACCUCAAUGCAUUUCAGAGGAAGGUGUUAGAGGUAGAAGAUACCGUUCUUCGAAAGGAUGCUUCCCUCGUUGGCGCCUAUAAUAUUGUGCCCCUGACUGCAAUUAUGGGUGAAUUCUCGAAUUGGACUCGCCGAAUGGAAUGGCUAUGGGAUUUAGCUCAGUUCAUCGAUAAAGAGAACGAAGGUUCGCCAUGUCGAGGAGCGCGAAUUAUUAACAGAUUGCGUGCUGAGCUUCAGACUGGCUAUGCCGACAUUGGGGAGACUGCACUCAGUCUCGUUCGGGUUGCUGAAACUGCAUGGCUAAAGCAGGUCUCAGCUUGGGUCCUCUACGGCAAGAUACCUGCAUUUAGCGAUGCCGAUUUCUUCAUCCAGAAGGAUGAAGAUGACGAAUUAGGUUAUUCGAUUAAAAACGAAUUACUUCCUUCAUUUGUAAUGUCAUCCACGGCCUCAUCAAUGUUAUUCAUUGGAACUUCUUUAAACCGGGUAAAAACGAAGAAUAGUAUAGAGUCAAGCAACAGCGGGCUAGACCAUCUCUCAUCUCAACUUCAGACCCUUGCAGAUGUAUCAUCUCCUAUUAAUAGCGUGGCAUUUUCAAGAGCCAUCACAUCAAUCCGACUCACAUUGUCUCGAACGACUUUGCAGAAACUCUUGCCGCUCACCAAGGUUCUUGAGAUGUUAAAUUUGUUUCGAGAUUUCUUUCUAAUCGGCCGAGGCGAAUUUGCUAUGGCUCUUACGCAGCAAGCCGACGAAGUAAUUCGGAGCCGCUGGCGGCGCGCUGAUAACCUCGCUUACGAGAAGCGAUAUGGGCUCAAUAAUGUGACGGUCAAAGAAGGCGAAGUCGCUGCGGUUCUAACCAAAACUUGGGCUUUAUUAAGUUCGAUGCAGGGUCAGCACGCAGAUGAAGAUGAAGGUCUUGAGAUAGCACGCGAUCUAUUACGACUAAAUCUGUUUAAGACCAAAGCGCCAACACCCAAAAAGCCAAAGGCUGGUGCAAACAACGAGCAACCCGGCACUAUCGCGAACACACCAUUUCGAAACUUGCUUUUCUCUGUUCCCGUCGUCCUUACAUCACUAUUCCCGCCACCACUGGACUUAUUCUUAACUACGCCCGAUGUGCAGACUUACACUUCUAUUAAUUCAUACCUUCUAUCCAUUCGCCGUUCCCAUCUUCAUCUCACAGACUUGUGGAAAAUAACUUCCCUCCGACGUCAUCACCCACCACCCCCAAGACCUCCCUAUAGUACUACGAAAGGUGGUGUCGCAAGAACGAAGAUCCUUCGCGAGCGCUGGUCCGCUCGCUCAUCUACGAUGCGAGGCACCUGGAGCACAAGCAGCGCCGCGAUAUUCUUCUUGGCCGAAACCGAAACAUACCUGCAAAUCGAAGUCGUGGCAAGCCUUUGGGACGAUUUUCUCGGUUGGCUGACGGGGAAAAGUGAGCAUAACGGGCAUUACAAUGCUCCGUCAACCAACAACCGUUCUAAUGACACCAAUGACGCCCCCAACGAAGAAGACACUAGUUCCACUAAGGAUCAACCGAAAGAAGCCCAGACUCAAAACCUAAGCCCUCCCCAUCACGACCCACAGACACUAGCCACAGCCCAUCGGCUGUACCUGCGAACGCUUUCGCGCCGUCUCCUCCUAACCAACCCCUCCUUCACAGACGCGUUAUACGACCUCCUCGUCCACAUCGACCACCUAGUCGCGCUCAUCCACCGCCUCCACGGGAUCUGGACGUCAAUGGAUCUAGAAGCCGACGAGGGCGUCGUAGACGCCUUCUCCGACCUCUCCGCGGAGGAGAAAGACGUCAGGAAAAACAUCCGCGAUAUAGAGCGCCAAGUCAAAAGCGGCAUCGAGAACGUCAUCGCUGUGCUGCGCGGGCUGAGUAUGGACUCCGCUUUCAUGGCUGAGCUUGAGGACGGCGGGAGAGGGGACGAUGACGAUGAUGAUGGCGCGGCGGCUGCGGCUGAUGAUAUGCUUGGCGAGGGCGGCGGGUAUAUUCCCAGACGGACUGGUGGGAUUGAUCGGUUGUUGAUGAAGCUUGAUUUUGGGGGGUGGUUUGAUGUUGGGAAGGGGGAGGUUGGGGGUGGGGAUGGGGUUGGGGAGGAUGAUGGGUUUUGAGGCAUGGUGGAUGGUUUUAUGAUGCGAGUAGGAGGUAGUAAAUUGUUUAAUGCUUUGCUGGAAUUGAUUUUGUGAUUCUGUGAUUCUGUGACUUUGGGUAAGCUAGUUAGGUGUGGUGCGAAAAGGUAGGUCUACGUGAGGUAUGAGGUUAUUUCUGAAGCAUGUACCGGGAAUGCAAUGUGCGUUUUCUAGGUACCUAAUUAAAUGGCUCUUUUAAUAGCUGUUGAUAGUGUCAUGACUCGAGG